AGCCCUGCCUACCGCAGGUUCCAAUUGAUUUGAGCAAGGAAACGGGCGAGCGUUCGGGCCCAGACGGUCGGCGCUGCCUGAUCGACGCCUGCGCAACGCUCGCUGUCGCAAGCUGUCCGAGGCCGAUAGAGCUUCCAGGCUCCCAAGGGAUGUCAAUGCUGUGAGUCCAGUAGCUGCCUACAGACAUUUGUGCCAUAUGAAGUUGAGCAUGGCAGAAGAAGAGGACUACAUGUCUGAUUCCUUCAUUAAUGUCCAAGAAGAUAUCAGACCAGGAUUGCCAAUGCUGAGGCAAAUCCGAGAAGCCCGUCGAAAAGAAGAAAAGCAACAGGAAACUAAUUUGAAAAAUAGGCAGAAGAGUUUGAAAGAUGAAGAACAAGAAAGACGUGACAUUGGGUUGAAGAAUGCAUUAGGCUGUGAAAAUAAAGGUUUUGCUUUGCUUCAAAAGAUGGGAUAUAAAAGUGGUCAGGCCCUUGGCAAGAGUGGAGAUGGUAUUGUUGAACCAAUUCCUCUCCAUGUUAAAACAGGAAAAAGUGGCAUUGGUCACGAGGCAUUAUUAAAACGGAGAGCAGAGGAAAAACUGGAAAGCUACAGGAGAAAGAUUCACAUGAAAAACCAAGCUGAGGAAAAAGCUGCAGAACAGUUUCGAAUGCGACUUAAAAGUAAGCAAGAUGAAAUGAAGCUAGAAGGAGAUCUUAAAAAAAGCCAGAGAGUGUGUCAACAACUAGAUACUCAGAAGAAUAUUCAGGUUCCCAGGGAGGCAUGGUACUGGUUAAGACUUGAAGAGGAGACUGAAAAAGAGGAAGAAGAAGAAAAAGAACAAGAGGAAGAUGAAUAUAAGAGUGAAGAUUUAAGUGUCCUGGAAAGAUUACAAAUAUUGACUGGUUAUUUAAGACAAGAACAUCUCUAUUGUAUUUGGUGUGGAACAGACUAUGAAGAUAAAGAAGACCUAUCUUCAAAUUGCCCAGGACCAACUUCUGCAGAUCAUGACUAAGCUUUUUCUCAAUAGAGUAGAAACUUGGGAAGUGUUGUUAUUUCCUAAAGACAAUUGAGCAGUUAGAAUUUCCAAAUUUUUGUUGCUAGUAAAGAAAUCAAGCCUUUAAUGUUUUGUUCUCUCUGUACUUUAGAAACACUUUGUAUUUAUAAUUGUUCACUGAUUUCAUAAAAAUAAUGGCAUGCUAUUUCAGAACACAACUAUUAUAGCCAUGGGCAAUUAAAAUGUAUGACUAUUGUGA